CUCAACUCAACGUUAAAUGUCGAAGCAGAAAACUCGUGAUAUGUCGCCUCAGGUAUUGAUGGAGAAGCCUGUCGAAUUGGAGGUGGGGAAGAAGAGAAAGCGGGCUGUUGUUCCAGAUGGCGAAAAAGAAGGAGCACCACCCAAGAAAGGCACAGGAACGUCAUUGAAGAUUGAGGAUUUGCGGGACGACGACAAAUUCACGAUCCCACGGAUAAAGAGCUCGGAGGAUAACGGUCUGGCCGUGAAAGUCAAUUCUGAAGAAUCGAAAUCAUCAUCAAAAGAUACCCUCAAGCAGCAGAAACCAAAAUCAACAUCUCACACUUCAAACUCUCAGCACAGCCGGCCCAACAGCAAACAACAUGGCAAGAACCAGCACGUUAAGCAAAGCCAGGCGAGUGUGCCGCCACAUCUUCUCAAAAAACGUGACCAGCUACUGCCCAUACGAAAAGCGCUUCCCAUCUGGCCGCAAGCCGACGCAAUCAAGGCAGCUCUGAAGAAACACAAUGUCCUUGUCCUUACGGGAGAGACCGGUUCCGGAAAAUCAACCCAAGUGCCUCAGUUUCUCGCCAACGAGCCCUGGUGCACAAAGUGCAUAGCAAUCACGCAGCCACGACGAGUCGCAGCGAUUUCCUUGGCGCGCCGUGUCGCAGAAGAGAUGGGCAGCUUUAUGGGAAGCCAGAGCCCUGCAGCGAAAGUUGGUUACAGUGUCCGUUUCGAUAAUGCAACUGGGCCAAAUACAAAGGUCAAGUUCUUGACUGAGGGUAUGUUGCUCCAGGAAAUGCUCAGGGACCCGAUCAUGUCGCAGUACAGUGCGGUAGUGGUCGAUGAGGUGCAUGAGCGCAGCGUUAACGUGGAUUUGAUACUGGGAUUUCUGAAGAACCUGGUGGCAGGCGUUGAGAAGGAAGGCAACGCUAAGCGAAAGCAUCCACUCAAAGUCGUCGUCAUGAGUGCUACGGCUGACGUGGAGAGCCUCGUCAAGUUCUUCGACCAUGACCAGACGUCUGGGGAAACCGAUUCGAAUGUCGAGAAUGAGAAAGGUGAUGAUGGAGCUCCAGAGCAAAGACUGGUGCCUGUAGAAGCUACACCGGGACGCGUGUCGACAUGUUUCGUGGAAGGGCGACAGUUCCCAGUCAAGACGAUCUAUCUUCCACAGCCAUCUCAAGACUGGGUCGAAGCAGCAUUGAAGAUCAUCUUCCAGAUACACUACAAGGAGCCACUCCCCGGCGACAUAUUGGUGUUUCUUACGGGUCAGGAUACUAUUGAAGGUCUUGAGAAACUUGUCAACGAUUACGCGGAGGGGAUGGACAGAGAUGUACCAAAGUUACUUGCACUCCCGCUUUUCGCCGCUUUACCUCAGCAUGCGCAACAACGGAUCUUCCAGCCAACACCUCCUCGCACGCGAAAAGUGAUCCUCGCAACGAAUAUUGCCGAAACAUCCGUCACCGUUCCAGGCGUUCGAUACGUGAUAGACUGCGGUAAAUCCAAGAUCAAGCAGUUCCGUAACCGGCUCGGCCUCGAAUCACUGCUCGUAAAGCCCAUCUCAAGGUCCGCAGCCAUACAACGCCAAGGUCGAGCCGGUCGUGAGGCACCCGGCCAAUGCUACCGCCUGUACACGGAAGACGGAUACAAGAGCAUGGAGGAACGCACAAUACCCGAAAUCCUGCGAUGCGACCUCAGCCAGGCAUUGUUGACAAUGAAAGCGCGUGGUUUCGACGAUGUGCUCAACUUCCCUUUCUUGGACCGUCCACCGAGAGAGGCACUCGAAAAGGCGCUUCUGCAGCUCUUGCAUCUGCAAGCUUUGACGGACACCGGAACCAUCAGCGAUACAGGUUUGAAGAUUGCCAAAUUUCCACUCACACCUACGCUUGGAAGAGUACUUGUCGAAGCCUCGAAGCCUGAGCGAGAUUGUCUGCUGGACGUUAUCGACAUCAUCUCUGCAUUGAGUGUCGAGAACGUGUUUUUGAACUUGGUUACCGAAGAGCGUAAGGAAGAAGCUGAGGAAGCAAGACGAGAGCUUUACCGCCGAGAAGGAGACCACCUAACAUUACUCGUUACUGUCCAGCGAUAUGCCGAGGAACGAACAGACCGCAAAUUGUGGUGCGAUAAGCACUUUGUUUCGCACCGGGCUAUGCAGAAUGUUAUGAAUAUUAGGAAGCAGUUGCAACAGCAAUGUAUGCAGCUGAAGCUUCUGUCGUCAGACGACAACCAGUCAUCGACAACCCCGUCGGAAGCUAGAAGUCAGGCCAUUCUGGCGUGCAUGUUGCGGGGAUUCAUCUCUAACACUGCACGGAUGAUGCCGGAUGGUAGUUACAAGACGCUGAUGGGCAACCAGACGGUAGCGAUUCACCCCAGUUCAGUAUUGUUUGGUAGGAAGGUCGAAGCGAUUGUGUUCAAUGAGUUUGUGUUUACUGGGAAGGCUUGGGCGAGGGGUGUUAGCGCUGUACAGCUGGACUGGGUUUCCGAGGUCGUGGAGGCUAUCAUGUAGAGUCGGUUAUCGUGUGCAAUACCAUCAUAUCCAUUUUGAUAGUUGUUUCAAUGAGCGCAAAACUUGAGUUUCACAGGU